ACCAUUCCAUUUUUCCAUCUAGUGUGGUUCAGAUCUAACAUGCCUCUGAGUGUUUUACCAUAACAGAAUCAUUAAGGUCCAAAAGUCAACAGUACCAAAGGAACUCCUCCAAGGGGUUUACGGUUUUUAUAGAUUACAAUAGCACCUAGUGGUUCCAAUCAAGACCAGGACCCUAUAAUGACACUGUAAUAGUCAACACCUGAUCCUAAGUCUAUUGUCUUUAUUGAUGCAAAAUAAAUGUGGGAAACUGAAGUGGGAAGAGGAAGUGAAAACAGUAGUAAGGCGAGACUAGAAGUCUGCAUCUUAGUGAGUGUCUGUCUUAUUUUACAGCUGCACUGUGAUAGCUAUUCCCUUCUUGAACAGUAAUACUAUCAGCUAUACACCUGCCUUCCAAAAAUCACAUGGGCAUGAGAUAAUCUAUAAGGUGUCCAGCAGAAAUCAUGAAAUGAUAUAAGGAGAGGGGUGAGACACCAGCUGUGGUAUCUUCCUCCCUGGCUCUCUGGAUAUGGAGUGCCUGUUGAGGAUUAAAGCACUGUGGUUGUGGGAUGCAGACAAGAAGAGGACAUACAGAAAUCUUUCAUUAUUAGUAAGCUGGAUGGAGAAGGGGGACAGUUGUUUAAUACCCUACUCUAUUUUGAGGAAGAGCUGGUUGCAGGGCAUAAAUCUUGGUAAGACUAGAGCUUCUGACACUUUACAUGUAUGUUUAGACUAGUCUUACAAAGGCAGAGGCCAUCUCUUUAAUGUAGCUGUAGGGUGGUCAAAAUCAAGGUUUUAGAGUGCUGAAUGUAAAUACUAACCCUCUUCUCCUCCUCUUCUCCCCCACACACCAGUAAUGGAGUUCGCUGCUAAUUUUGCUAAUAUGACCUAGCCCUUGAAACCUUCCAGUAUUACACUUUGUUAGUGUCUGUUUCUAUCUUAAAAUGCUCCAUUUUGCAAAAUGGGCCAGUCCUCCUGCUGUCAGAUUUGUGGAAACCAUAGAGUAAGAUGAGCUGGCUUCUCUCAAUGUGAACAGGAACAUUCAAUCUCACGAACUAACCUCACCUGUCUUUCAGAAGGGGCCUCUUUAUGUAAAGAGGACCUUGAAGCCUGCUGCUUCACUCACUUCAGAACCUGGAAAGGAAGUGGUAACUGUCAGCACUGAAAUGCGAAGUGUACCUGUUUCCCAGUUAAAGUGCUAUUUCCACUUCUAGCUAUGCAAGCAAACCCAGUAGGAGGCUUGCUAUAAAAGCGCACAGGUUGCUACCUUAAACCUCACGGUUUGAUGUGCAGUGAGUAAUUGCUAUCCACAAUCUUUGCAAUUACAUAUGGAACAGAAAAUGUUAAUGAGUUAAAUAGGCCUUUGGAUGUCUGAAUAUUCAUUUUCUGUGCAUAACCUUCAUAAAGGAACACUAGGCUAGAACAGCAGAUCCCUUUCACCAUCUGGUACUGUCUUGCUUAAUAUAAGUUCACUAAUUCUAUAAACUGUGUUGCCUCCAGCCUAGACAACAGCUGAAGAUGUUGAAGACAGUCAACAUGAUUCGAGGCAAAUACUAAUUUAAAAUUACUAUUGCAUAGUUGGAAGGACUGAAGAAAUAGUUAAACAGUGAAGAGCGAUCAACCUCUCAGGGCAGCCUCCAUACCCUUUGUUGUUAUGGCAGGGGGAAGGCGGGGCCCUAACCGGACAUCUUACUGCCGAAAUCCUCUUUGUGAAACUGGGGCUCCUGGGGGUACUGGACAUUCCACAAGUUCAUCGGUCACUGGUGUGCGCUCACGUACCAGAAGCGGUAGUAAUUGGUGGGUAGGCCUCUCCUGCCCUCCUCUGGCAACCCAGACAGUGGUUCCCCUCCGGCACUGUAAGAUCCCAGAGCUGCCUGUGGAGCGGAGUAUCUUGUUUGAACUUCAGCUCUUCUUCUGCCAUCUCAUCGCUCUAUUUGUCCACUACAUCAAUAUCUACAAAACUGUGUGGUGGUACCCACCCUCCCAUCCUCCAUCACACACCUCACUGAACUUUCAUCUCAUUGACUUCAACGUGCUGACGGUGACGACAAUCGUCUUAGCGCGCAGGCUGAUCGGUGCCAUUGUGAAGGAGGCUUCACAAAGUGGCAAAGUCUCCCUGGCACGUUCCAUUUUCCUUGUGAUGACUCGGUUUGCAGUCCUCACUGGGACAGGCUGGAGCCUGUGCCGAUCAAUAAUUCACCUCUUCAGAACCUAUUCGUUCCUCAAUCUCUUGUUCCUGUGUUACCCGUUCGGCAUGUACAUUCCUUUUCUGCAGCUGAACUGUGACCUUCGGAAGACGUCCCUCUUCUCCCAAGUGGCUAACAUUGGCCCUCAAGAGACGGGGGAAGUAAACUCCAGGAGUAAAGACUAUCUAACCGUUUUAAAAGAGACCUGGAAGCAGCAUACCAAACACAUAUACGGCAUGGAGGCCAUGCCCACCCAUGCCUGCUGCCUCUCCCCAGACCUCAUCCGCAGUGAGGUGGAGUACUUGAAGAUGGACUUUAACUGGAGGAUGAAAGAGGUGCUGGUGAGCUCCAUGCUCAGUGCCUACUAUGUGGCCUUCGUGCCUGUCUGGUUUGUGAAGAACACUCAGUACUACGACAAACGGUGGUCGUGCGAGCUGUUCCUGCUGGUGUCCAUCAGCACCUCGGUGAUUCUGAUGCAGCAUCUCUUGCCUGCCCGUUACUGCGACCUCCUCCACAAAGCUGCAGCGCACCUGGGCUGCUGGCAGAAAGUCGACCCAGCCCUGUGCUCCAAUGUGCUACAGCAUCAGUGGACCGAAGAAUGCAUGUGGCCCCAGGGGGUGCUGGUGAAACACAGCAAGAACGUGUACAAAGCCGUGGGCCAUUACAACGUGGCUGUGCCAUCUGAUGUCUCACACUUCCGCUUUCAUUUCUUUUUCAGCAAACCCUUGAGGAUCUUGAACAUUUUAAUUCUGCUGGAAGGAGCCGUCAUCUUCUACCAGCUCUACUCCCUGAUCUCGUCAGAGAAGUGGCACCAGACCAUCUCACUGGCUCUGAUCCUCUUCAGCAAUUAUUACGCCUUCUUCAAGCUGCUGCGUGACCGGCUGGUCCUGGGAAAAGCGUACUCAUACUCUGCCAGCAGAGACUCAGAGCAGAAGCUCAAUUAAAUCACACAGCUGCUCAGCUUGUAUUACAAAAAAACCUGAAAAAAACCACAAACAACCUCAGAGCUUUGUAUUUUUGUUACCACUGCUUUUUUUCUUUGAUAACUGAUAUAAUUAAAAGGAAAAAAAACAUAUUUUUGUACUCCCAA